CUGAGGCAAAGUUGAUACGGUUUGCCGCUUCCGGUUGGGAGUAACUAAAGUUGCAAGAUUCUUGUUAAACGAUGUCGAAAGCUACCUCAUCUACGAAGUUCAGGACGGUAGAUGUUGACCAGUAUAAUGAAGACAAUUAUCAAGAUGAACAAAUAGAAGACGCAAGUAGUGCAGGACCUGACGAAAAUCAAGUGAACCAGCUGCUCAAUAUGGCGAAGAAUGUGGAAGCCUUACAAGUGGCACUGAAGAAUCCACCUAUAGGAUCAAAAAACCAGGCUGAAAAGGAUAGGGCCGUGCAGCUUGUGAUCAGAGUGCUACUGUCAUUCAAAGCCAGUGAGAUAGAGAAUGCCAUCAGCAAGUUGGAUAGGGAUUCCAUGGACAUCUUAAUGAAGUAUAUAUAUAGAGGAUUUGAGAACCCCAACGAUGGCAGCAGUGGUCUCUUACUAACAUGGCAUGAGAAGGCAUUUGCCAGCGGUGGUAUGGGCUGUAUCAUGCGAGUGCUCACAGAUCGAAAUAGCGUCUGAGCCCAUUUAAAGAUUGCCACCAAAUGAUCCAAAGAAUCGCCAACCAAGUUUAUAUAAUUUUUUGUAAAACAGGGCAAUUUUUGGAUCAAGGAUGCUCCAUAACAUUUGUUAUAUGCCGGUCAGCAGGCCAAGUAGCAGAUAAAUAAUAAUUCAAACUGGAAAUAUCCCGUGGGACUUUGUUUCCCUGAGAAGGUCGAUGCAAAUAUAGGAGACCGUCACCAAUAAUGAACUGCCAUUGUGUAAGUUUGGUGUGUUAUGGAACAGGCUGCCCGUGAGUGAAUAUAGUUCUUAUUGCUGCAAGAUUUGCUUUUGCAUAAAGCAAAUAUAUAAGCUUUUCUGAUCAAAUUUCAUGCAUCUUAUUAUGAUUAAAAACGUACAAAGUAUUUUGUUCUUGAAAGAAGAGUACGGGCACUUUGUGUGAUUACCUUAAUUGUGGGCAGUCAUUGUAUCAUAAAUGAGACAUCUUGAGUUUGAAUAAUAUUGUGUAUGGGGUCGUGCUAACGUGGUUAUCUCUAUUCAUUAUGUGAAAGAGGUUUCACUGUGGCGUUGGGCUUAUGCUGUUGUAAUGACACAAGUAACGUAAUCACCGGAUCAUCAGCCAAUCAUCUUGACUGUUGUUGAAUUAUUCAAGGCUGCUAGUGGCUCAUGUGUGGGCACGCUACUAUUCUAACACAUUGGUGAUUCUGUUCCCCCUCGUUAUUGACUGUGGAGGUUAAUGAAGAUCAUGCCCCCCCCCCUCGUGCUACAUUGAUUUAAUCAUUUUGCAGUUAAACUUUGUCUUGUUUAUCACCUAGGACUGUACUCUCGCACUCGUGCAUUCGAUACAGUUAAAAGAGGUGUUGGUAGAGCUCUCUACUGUGUAAACGCGUGAAAUAUUUACAGCAUGUAACGCACCUGUGCCGGUGUUUACUCGCUCACUCGUGAGUUUGUGUAUUUGUCUAUGUACUUUGAUUAUGUCCAUUGGAGUGGUUCUCCACGAAAAUUCAGUUUUGUUGCUGCACUACAGGUGGAGGUAAUUUCAUUAUCUCACCAUCGUUAUUCACUUAUUCAUUUUCUGUUUUUUACAUUGAAGUGUUGAAAAUUCUUAUUUUGAUUUUAAGGCACUUCUUUUUGUACAUUCCAAUUAAGGGUUUGUUAUAACUAUUGGCUUAUUAUCAUGAACACUAAAGUUAAAUAAGCUAGUUGAUACUGUGUCAUCUGGGAAAAUGCUGGCAAAUGCAUAUGCUGUUAAAGGUGUGCAUAAUAUAUUAUUGCAAUUGCCACCCAUGUCUAAGUAAAGCUAGUGUAACUACUUGAGGAAUAAUUCAGCCAUGCCUUCUGUGUUGAGAAGCAGAGGCACAAUAGUUGUGCUGUGCUGAGUGGGGAGGGGAGUUUGACUGCAUAGCUGGCAAGGAAAUUGAACGUAAAUAAUGAGGGUACUGACACGAGUAUUGGUCAUCAAAAUGCAAUUACAUGUCACUUGAAAUAGCUGUACAGCGUGAGCGAAAUCUAGCACUCCUGACGUAUGAAUGCACUUGGGCCAGUAAUACCUAUACCUGAGUGGAGGGGGUGUGAAUGCGAUGUAGCCCAAAUAUGUCUGAAGGUGUGUGUGUGUGUGUGUGUGUGUAUGACUUGGUCUGAUUUGUCUGCUUGUAAUUAAAGGCAGUCGAUGAAUACACAUUAUGAUUGAUCUGGUUUUCAUUUGCACACCAUUCUCGUAAAAUGAAGUUUGGAUUUUGUCGUGAGACAGUGCAGCAUAUUCAUGGGUUAAAGUAGCAAGCCGUUUACGCGACGAUACAAAUUGAUUUAGUUUCCAAAAUUGUUAAAAUAUACUUUGUUCUAGGAUGUACAAAACAGUA